AUGUCGGCAACCGUCGAAGACUUCCAGCUUGCUGCGGUAGCAGCAGGCUUCACAAUCGGCUUUGGCUUUCUCACAGUAUGGGAAGCCAUCCAGCAAACCCGACGAAACCGCAACCCGCUGAGGUCGGUCUACAUCUACAUGCUGUGGGGUGAGAUUGCUGUGAACAUAUGCAUUGGCGUUGUCGGCUGGCUUUUCUUGACUGGAACUUUGGGGCCGACUGUCCCGGUCCUGUUCUUCAUCCUUCUUUUCUGGGUCUUCCAAAUCCAGCUGCUCAUGCAGAUCAUCAUCAAUCGAAUCGCCCUCAUCGCCGAACAUCGAACUACCGUCCGCAACAUCAAGUGGGGUACCAUCAUCGUCAUCAGUGCCAUCAACAUUGCCGUGUUCUGUAUCUGGAUCCCUGCGCACACCGUCCCACCCGUCAGCCAGGUCUUCGUCAACAUCAACAGCGUGUGGGACAAGAUCUCCAAGGUCCUUAUUCUCAUUGUUGACGCCGGUCUGAAUUGGUACUUCCUGCGCAUCGUGAAGAUCAGACUUGUAGAGCAAGUCGGUCUCACAAAGUACAAGCCGCUUGUGAGCUUCAACGCAAAGCUCAUGGUCGUCUCCAUCGCGAUGGAUGGUCUCCUCAUCGGUCUCAUGUUCCUCAAGAAUCCAAUCGUGUACAUACAAUUCCACCCCGUCGUCUACAUGGUAAAACUCAACAUCGAAAUGUCAAUGGCCUCCCUCAUCGUUCGCCUUGCUCAGGGCCAGUCCGAUAAUGAUGCGUCCCCUGCUGGGUUCGACAGCUCCACUGGCCCCUCCAACUCGCAAUCCGACCGCCGUUCAAAAGCAAAGCCAACCCAGUUCCAAUCCUUCCAAUUGACGUCCGCCAAGGGAGGGAGAAGCAAGAUUCACAGCCGAAACGACAGCGAUGAGAGCCUGGGGCAAAUCCAUCGUACGACGGAGCUGAACGUGGUGGUGGAGCACGUGGACAAGCUGAAAGAAAGCAGUGAGGGAAGCUCGAGGAGUAGCCAUGAAAACCCGCAGAGUAUGUUUGGGGAUGAGACGCCGUUGCAUAAGAACAACAUACGGAUUACGGGGAAAGCUCUGUGA